AGGGCCAAAGCGGCUGGUUGACGAGGCCACAGAAGCUAAAGCUAACGACUUCCCAAGAGCGUUUGAACAUGAAGUCUUGUUGGGCGUCGCAGCUUCGGCUGCAGUGAAGCUGCAGGUGUUGGUCUGUGGGUCAACGUGCCCGCGCACAGUCACUCUCACAGCAGCAGCUGCUUCAGUUCAACACAAGGAGGUGAGCCCCAGGCUCUCAACCAAGUGCUAACCAUGCUUCAACCGGCCGACGCGACCUCCAGCACCCUGCAGCUGGUCGCCAACGAUAUGACGGACAUCAUGGAGAAGCUGGACUCCAGGGAACUGGACCUGGGAGAUGGAGAUUAUGACACGACUGACGCCAAUGUCACAAGAGAACAUCUGCCGUUCUCUGUGGUCUACCACACUGUGGGUUUUAAAGAACCUGAGGCCAAAGUCUUUCUGUCGUCUCCCAUCACUGCCAAGAUCCUGGAGGUGGAGUUCACGUCGGCCGAGGAUCCAUUCAACAUCACCACUCAGAGGAGCGUCAACAAAUCCAUGCCAGCAGUGUUUAAGAUUGAAAUGAAACACGGGGAGUUCACAUGGCUGGUGAAGAAGAAGGAGAAACACUUCAUGGAGCUCCACAGAGAACUUAGGACCUACAAAGCGUUCAUGAGGCUUCCACUGCCGACAAGAAGUCACACAAUAAAGAGGAGCUCGGCUGAGAAGGACGAGGCGCGGCAGAUGCCCAGCCUUCCCAGAGGAGGUGGAGACGAGCUGGGCAGAGAGGAGCAAGUUUCCAGCCGCAAGAAACAACUCGAAGAUUACUUGAACAUUUUGCUGAAGAAUUCGAUGUACAGGAACUACCACGCCACCAUGGAGUUCAUCGAUGUGAGCCAGUUGUCCUUCAUCCAUGACCUGGGGCCAAAAGGCCUAGAAGGAAUGGUGCUGAAGAGGUCAGGAGGUCAUCGUAUCCCUGGACUAAACUGCUGUGGUCACAGUAAAAUCUGCUACCGCUGGUCCAAACGCUGGCUGGUGGUGAAGGACUCCUUCCUGCUCUACAUGAAACCAGAUUCUGGUGCCAUUUCAUUUGUGAUGCUGAUGGACAAAGAGUUCAGCAUCAAGAUGGACUCAAAAGACACGGAGACCAAACAUGGAGUCAGAAUAGACAGUCUCUCAAGGUCUUUGGUGCUAAAGUGCAGUAGCUACAGACACGCCCGCUGGUGGGGUCAGUCCAUCGAAGCCUUCGUCCAGAAGCACGGCACGGCCUUCCUCACCGACCACCGCUUCGGAUCCUUCGCCAGACCUGAAGAGAACAUUGCAGCCAAAUGGUAUGUCAAUGGGAAGACAUACAUGGAGGACGUGGCUGAUGCUUUGGAAGAAGCAAAAGAAGAGAUUUUCAUCACAGACUGGUGGUUGAGUCCAGAGAUUUUCCUGAAGAGGCCGGUUGUUGAAGGAAACCGCUGGCGUCUUGACUGCAUCCUGAAGCGGAAAGCACAACAGGGAGUUCGUAUCUUUGUGAUGCUGUAUAAGGAGGUGGAGAUAGCUCUGGGCAUCAACUCAGGAUACAGUAAGAGGAUGCUGCGGCAUCUUCACCCCAACAUCAAGGUGAUGCGACACCCAGACCACGUCUCCUCCGCCGUCUACCUGUGGGCCCAUCACGAGAAGAUCAUCGUCAUCGACCAAUCGGUGGCCUUCGUGGGCGGAAUCGACCUGGCGUACGGUCGUUGGGAUGACAGGGAACACCGGCUGACGGACGUUGGAAGUGUGACGCUCUCUCAUGCGGAGCAGGCAAACGCUCCUGUGUCUGCCUCCAGUCUGGCUGCGUCUGUCCCCCAGAGUAACGGAAGAGCCGUGUUCACAGUGGACUCAGGGGACCAGCCCAAGCUGAAGGGUCAGGGCAGGAUCAGACGAACCAGGUUCAGCAUCAAGAGACACCUGCAGAAACAUGGUCUGGCUCCGUCUGACAGUGACAGCGACCUAGAGACAGAAGAGAAGGCUACUUCUGAUCCUGGUCUCCGUACUGGCGUCGGGGAGCUGUAUGGAAACACGCGAUUCUGGCACGGGAAAGAUUACUGCAACUUUGUGUACAAGGACUGGAUCCAGCUGGACAAACCUUUUGAUGACUUCAUCGACAGACACACGACUCCCAGAAUGCCCUGGCACGACAUCUCCUCCGUGGUUCACGGCAGCGCAGCUCGAGACGCAGCCAGGCACUUUAUCCAGCGCUGGAACUUCACCAAGAUGAUGAAGCCAAAGUAUCGCUCUCUGUCGUUUCCUUUCCUUCUGCCCAAAUCUCACACCACAGCCUCAGAGAUGAAGUACCAGGUCCCUAACUGUGUCCCCACCAAAGCACAGAUCCUUAGAUCAGCCUCAGACUGGUCCGCUGGCAUCAAGUACCAUGAAGAGUCCAUCCACAACGCCUACGUUGAAGUCAUCAGAAACAGCCAACACUACAUCUACAUCGAGAAUCAGUUCUUCAUCAGCUGUGCCGACAACAGACACGUUUUCAACCAAAUCGGAGAUGCCAUUGCCAAGCGGAUCAUCAAAGCUUACAGGGAAGGGAAAAGAUACAGAGUGUACGUGGUCACUCCUCUGAUGCCAGGAUUUGAAGGAGACAUCAACACUGGAGGAGGCACGGCCAUCCAGGCCGUCAUGCACUUCAACUACAGGACCAUGAACCGAGGAGAUCACUCCAUCAUCUCACAGCUGCGCAGAGAGAUGGGAGAUCAGUGGAUCAACUACAUUUCCAUCACUGGUCUGCGGACGCACGCUGAGCUGGAGGGAAGACUGGUCACUGAGCUCAUCUACGUCCACAGCAAGAUGCUCAUCGCUGACGACAACACUGUUAUCAUUGGUUCUGCCAACAUCAAUGACAGGAGCAUGCUGGGAAAGAGGGACAGUGAAGUGGCAGUGAUCGUGGAGGACUCAGAGAUGGUGGGGUCUCUGAUGGAUGGUCUGCCUUACCAGGCAGGGAGGUUCGCUCUGCAGCUGAGGCUGGAGUGUUUCAGGACUGUCCUCGGUGCACACACGGAUGCCUCCAUUGAUGUUUCAGAUCCCAUCAGUGACCACUUCUACAAGGAGGUCUGGAUGGCAACUUGUGCUCGCAAUGCCACAAUCUACCAGAAGGUGUUUCGGUGUUUGCCAUCCAGCGAUGUCAGGAACAUGCUGGAGCUGGAGAGCUUUUUGGCCAAGCCAGGUCUGGAUAAGGAGGACCCAGCCCGUGCCCGCGAGGAGCUGAAGAAGAUCCGUGGCUUCCUGGUCCAGUUCCCUCUUCAGUUCUUAAGCGAGCAGAACCUGCUUCCUCCCAUUGGCUCCAAGGAGGCCAUGGCGCCCAUGGAGCUCUGGACCUGAGGAGCCACAAGAGCAGAGAAUUCCACAGCAAAUGUCCAUCGUGGUGCAGAAAAUAUUUUCCCGUGCAAACAUCAGCCAUCAGCCUGUAGGACAAAACAAGCCACUUUUUAAAAGACGUAUUUUUUACCAUCAGUAAGAUUGUUCAUAGUCCAAUCAUAUUUUCCAAUGAUGACUAGGUAAAACAAACAAAAAAACUGCAUGGUGAGAUUGAUUGCAAAAAAGACUUCUUUAGCUGUUUUUCCAUUCAUUCACAGAACGUAUUUACAUUGAAAAACAUGACGUUAACAUCUAACAGCUGAAAAUUGAUUCCAAGUUGUUAAACUGUUCACAUUUACUCAAGUCCAUUGAGUAAAUCAGAGAUUUUACUCCACGGGGUCACUGGAGCUGCUGGACUCCUGCACAUGGUGUCACUACAGUAAAUCUGAACCUAGAAUUUAAAACACAAAACAACAACAACAAAACAGCACGUUUAAGAAAGUUAAAGAACCUAACUUAUGAGCUUCAAACGUUAAUUUUAUCCAGGAAGCAUCUCCAUCACCUCAGAAAACCGGAGGAACCUCCAAAAUAAAAUGACAAUACAGAUCACUGACACAUAAACAUUGUUUUAGUCAGUGCAUCACAACACAUGCAACACAACAGGUUGACCAACAGAGGGCGCUUUAAGCUUUAUAAUACCUGAAUAUUUAAGCGUCAGAUUUACACCAAAAACAGAGGAAACAACGUCAGUGGUGCCCCGCUCCCGACUAAACCUUUUUUUUUACAUUAUUAUUAUUAUUAUUAUUCAAAUGAAGUUCUCCGUGCUAGGACAACACUAUGCACCGUGUGGAGCAGUAACAUGGGACGCAGCUCUGACUCUUCGGUGCCAAGUUUUAAAGACACUAAAAAAGUAAGACUUUAAACAGAAAACAGAGCUGCCAUCGCAGCUAUUUUUUUUAAUGUCACAUCGAGGAGAAAAUCUCAAGUGCCAAAGACGGACGAGAUACCCGGUUAGCUUAGCAGCAUUAGCUUUUAGCCUUACAUUAGCUGAUCUGGUUGAUUUUCUGAAUCCGUGAUUCAUAAUGAAUUCCUCGACAUAUUGUUGUUGUAGGGAUUUAUACAAAUACAUAAAUACAUAUAUAUUUUAUUAUAUGGACUCUGCAUGGCAAUAUUUAGCAUUUUCUUGAUUUUCUUUUUGUUACGUGACAAUUGUCUACAUGAUGUAUAUUGUUUAUUAGCAUUUGAACUAAAUUCUACGUUAAACUGCACUAACAGGUUUGUCCGUUCGGAGUAGAGGUUCUAAAAUGGGUUAUUAAAAACAUUUUUCUGUUAUCACAAUGCACAAAAACAAUUGCCAUUUCUGAGUUACAAAUCACCUGGUGUGUCUUUAUUAAGGGUGCUACAGCUAGUCAAUAUUUGAGUCUUUGAGUCCCUGGAUGAUGGAAACCUGAACAACUCAAUGUUUUGAAUUUCAUCUAGUGCUGCUAGAAAAACCUGUUAGUGCAGCUUAUAGGUAAAGGUCAGCCAUAUGAGGUUACUGAUGUAGAAGAAGAGUUGACGGCACUGUGAGCAUCCCUAGGAAUCAUUGGACUAAAGUGAAGAUAAAAAAAACGCAUGUCAGUUGAAGUUGAAGUCUGUUUUAUGAUGUGAAGAUGCCUGCUGCUUUGUCUUGCUGUUGGAAAACUUUUCCAAACUUGGAAACUGCUUUAACUGCGAAACCUAAAGUCCUAGAGUAGAAAAUCCUUGAUUUCAGACUAACGGACCCUGAAGCUGCUGGUCUACUGCUGCCCCUUGUGUCCAUUUGGUGUCACUGUGGCAGUUUUAAACAAUUAAUCUGGAAAUUAUCAAUUCUUAGUAAGGCCAGCAGCUGUGAUGUACAAUCCCUGAUGUUCUGUUUCCUGUUGAAAUGACUUAACACAGAUUUGUGUGUUAGCAUUUUAACAUGUCGCCUGAAUUCAAAGCGUUUCCACGUCUUAAAUUUAAAAAAAUGUCAAACCAUUGUCUCGGGAUUUCUAAUUUUCUGGAAUGAUUUCCAUGUUUUUAAAAGCCAAUGAACCUCAGUGUCUUCCAGGUCGCUGUGUGUAUGACUUGCAUGACUGUGUUUAGUGCCGUAGCUGACAGCAUGAGCACCAGCUGCUGGAUGCCAUUAAAGCCGACCGAAGAAUAAUAAUUAUUGUUUUGAAGCCAUGGACUUUUCUCCUCGUGCCUGUCUCACCUGAAGCUUCUCUGCUGCUGGUUUCUGUGGAAGUGGGAUCUUUUCUUUGACUUCCUCUCUACCUCCCUGCCUCUCUACCUCCUGCUCUUCCGCUCAACUUGUGGUUUGUCUUUGUCUUGAGCUCACUGUUUAAUGUAAACUGAAGUCACCUGAUUUGAAGUUUGCUGUUUGUGCAAUAACUACAUUAAAAUGUUGGAUUGUAGGAAAAAAAAAACAGUCCAGAAGAGUUUACACCCGAGCUGUGUCGCGCUUUCUCCUACCUGUCUGUCUACCUUUGAACACUGUGUCUUUAUGUGGAAAUGCACUAUUUUGCACAGACUGUUGUCGUCUUUCCCCCUUCAUGAAGAUGAUGAUGAUGAAGAAGAAAGUGGUGUCGUAUCAAACCUUGUGUUGCUGAUUGUAAAGUGAUGAAAUUUAAAAAA